AUGGAUAAUAUUUCGGAGCAACGCGCGUGUAUUAAAUUUUGUUUCAAAAUUGGUAAAAAUGCUAAGGAAUGUUUUGAAUUAAUAAAAUUAGCUUUUGGAGAUAUUGCACUAAGCCGUUGUGUAACUUUUGACUGGUUCAAACGUUUUAAAGAAGGUCGUAUAUCCAUUGAAGAUGACCAUCGUCCUGGGCGUCCAUCAACAUCAAAAACAAAUGAUAUCAUUUCUCUAGUUCGAGACAAAAUUAGAUCCGACCGAAGAUUAACUGUCAGAGAAGUAGCUAAUGAAGUUGGCAUAUCAAUUGGUACUUGUCAUUCGAUUUUAUCAGAUGAAUUGGGUAUGAAAAGAGUGUCCGCAAAAUUAGUGCCAAAAUUGUUAACCGAGGAGCAAAUGGAACAUCGCAUUGAAGUGUGUUUGGAUCUAAAAAAUCGGGUUUCUAAUGACCCAAGUUUUAUCAAAUCAAUAAUUACGGGCGAUGAAACAUGGGUGUAUGGAUAUGAUCCCGAAACCAAGGUCCAAUCAUCGCAAUGGAAGACCGCAAAUUCACCUCGUCCAAAAAAAUGUUUUCAUUAUGAGUUUGCACCUACAGGUCAGACAAUAAAUCAAGUGUUCUAUAAACAAGUAUUAGAAAGAUUAAGAGAGGAAGUGCGCCGUAAAAGACCAGAAGCGUGGAAAUCAAAGUCGUGGUUUUUGCACCACGAGUCACGACAAUGCACCGGCGCAUUCUGCACUUUCCGUACGUGA